UUUAGUUUUAUUCCUGGGUCGAUGUAAUCUUUUAUUGGUGAUGGAACGUGGGCUUUCGAAGCAGAGAAGAUGCGAGAUAGCAACGCGAUGCACCAUCGAUCCAGUCACUGCUCCCAGAAAUAAAUGUGUCCGACUUUCACCAUCGAAAUUCCCAAAAUCUCACGCCUUCGGAUUGCAGCCCGGGCACAGAAACACGCCUCGACCCGAAGAGUCCGUUGCGAAUCCUGUGCUUUACAGAGCGCGGCCGGUGUCAAAAGUGCCGCAGAAAGCCGGGCUCGCUGCGUCUCCUACCGGCUGCAGUAGCCGGCUGCGAGCGCUCUCUCCUCCUCUCCCUCUCUCUUUUAUCCCAAGCACUCAGGAUGCGGAGGAGCUCGUUCAGGAUAUCUGUGCAGCCACCCAGGACCCGCUUCCCUCUCCCGGAUCGUUGCUAGUCCGAGGUGAUUUCUCCACAAAGGCACCAACUUUCCUUUGAACUGCACCCGGGCGAAAAUGAGCAGGAAAGGGUGUAACCUCGAACUGUUCCUGGUGUUGCUGGGAUUGGAGUUCAACAUCUCAGUCUCUUGCCCCCGGCAUUGCGUUUGCUACCCAUCUCCCAUGACUGUCACCUGCCAGUCGCACGGCUUCACCACCAUCCCGGAAGGAAUUCCUGCCAACAGCGAGAGAAUAUUCCUCCAGAAUAACCGGAUAACGCUCCUCCUGAGGAAUACCUUCAGCCCAUCCACCGUCACCCUUUGGUUGUACUCCAACAACAUAACCUUCAUCGACCCGGAGGCUUUCCAGGGAUUCAGCCUCCUGGAGGAGCUUGAUCUGGGAGACAAUCGAUACCUGAGAUUCCUCGAUGCUGAGACCUUCAGUGGCCUGGAGAGGCUUCAUUCCUUGCAUCUUUAUCGCUGUGGCUUGACUUUCUUGCCCAAUGGAAUCUUUGAAGGUCUCCAUAACUUGCAAUACCUCUACCUGCAAGACAACCACAUCGAGUACCUCCAGGACGACCUGUUCCUGGAGCUGGUUAACCUCACUCAGCUCUUUCUGCAUGGGAAUAAGUUGUUGAGUUUGUCCCAGAACACUUUUAGAGGGCUGGUCAACCUCGACCGACUCCUGCUCCACCAGAACAAGCUUCACUGGGUUAAUAAGCAGGCUUUCCACGAUCUCCGCCGCCUUACCAUUUUGUAUUUGUUCAACAACAGCCUGAGUUUGCUUCCGGGUGAAUGUUUGGCAGAGCUUGGCUCCUUGCAGUACCUCAGGCUGAAUGGAAAUCCUUGGGAAUGUAGUUGUAAGGCUCGAUCCUUGUGGGAAUGGCUACAGAGAUUCAGAGGGUCGAGCUCCAGUGUUACCUGUGAGUCCCCCAGGGAUGUACAGGGGAAAGACCUCAAGCUCCUGUCCGCCCGGCUCUUCAAAAACUGCACGAGCCCAGAUUCGCUCAACCAGAUCCGGACGAGCCCCAAGCAGCAACCCCACCACCCGGGCAAGGUCAGGCUGGGAGGGGGUCAGCCGUCGCGGGGCACGGCCCUGGUCAAAGGUCAGAACGGCACGGGCCAGCGGGACGACUCGGCCAAGAACUACCUGGGAGAAGCAGCUCCGAAGGGCGCUGCUGAUGGCCAGCUGGACGGGACGUGGGGCAGCGACUACCUACCGGACGCCGGCCAGAAGGAGCAGGGCGUCCGCCCCUACCCGACCAGGCACAAGUCCCGGAUCAAGUGCACCCGCCGCACCCGCCUGGAGCUGCCGCCCGGCAUCCAGCAGCCCUCCGGAAGGGGACUGAGGCUGACCUCCGGCUCCGGGUGGCUCACCGUCGUCCUUGCUUUGGUCCUUGUUGUCCGCUGAAACCCCCACCUACUCCGACCCACCCCACCCCCACCCACCCCCAGUAAUAAGAAGGGCAAAAACUUUCUAACACUGCCAUCAAUCCAUAGGGACCAAAAGUAUAUUUAAAAAAACAAAAAAAUGGUGAUGAUUUUUGAAACUUCAAUACCUUUGCUGUGUGCUUAGGUGGAACCGGUGGAUUGUUUGGAUGGAAUUCUGCUUCGGACUACUGGAAAUCCUCGGAAUAAAGUACCCGAAAGGGCAGCACACAACUCAGCGGUUCCCACUCCAACCCGAGCAGAAAACAGUUGUCUGGAAGAGACCGCUUGGAAGCUUAAUUCCAAUUAAAACAAACGACACACACAAAAAAAAAUUAACAAACUACCCCGGUGUUCCUUGGACAGUCCUGGCUGAGUAGUGACCUGGGGAAGCGAUUUGAACUCCCGAUCACACCGCCCCUGGGACACGAGGCCGUGCGAUGGGAACCGAGGUGAAUGGCGGCUCUCCCGAGUUUUCUGCCUCAGACGUGAGCAACUCCACAAAGCCCUCAGAUGAAAAAAACAAGUGGUACCAACGGCCUCCUAAUGAGGCUGCAUUGCUCCCAGCUGAAUAAUAUGCAUUGUAUAAUCGCGAAGGAUGCUUCUGGUCUGAGAGGCUGUACUUGAUUCGUUCAGGUACUGAAAACUGGAGGCCAGAUAAUUGUAUGAAAAAAUUCCCAAUGGAAUAUUUUUUUUUGACGUGUCAACCUAUCAUUUUGCUCAAUGCACAGCCCUUAUAUAACUGAGAUAUAUUAAUUUCUGGAAAUAUAUGUUUACAGAUUAUAUUGUUACCCUGUUACAGUUCAUGCUGAAGUAUUUCUUUCUGUCUCGGAUGGUUUUUACACAAGUUUUGGAUUCGGGUGAGAGCCUCUGCACUGGUCUAGCUAACUUGCUUUGGCCUCUUCCUUGGGUCCGCCCGGAGGCAGCGCCGAUCGAGGCUACAGAGCAAGAGCUGGGAAGUGGGAUAGGCCAAGUUAGCAUGGACGCGACGGGCCAAGUGGUCUGAGUCUGUGCCGUAAUAUUCCAUGAUCGUAUGGAAGCAACCCUCAUGUUCUGGAUGUGGUUCAUUUUGACGAAGAAACUAAAUCUUCUCGACCUGAUUUAUUUUUUCUGUAUUAAAUAUUAAAUUUGUUGUACCUGAAUUUACAGAAUUGCUUUAAAUAUAUAUAUAUAUACUAUAUAUAUAUAUAUAUAUGUAUAUAUGCACACACAUAUAUACAUAUAUUUAUAUAUAAAGAAAAGCUGUUUCUUGGGGGAAGAAAUUAAGAUAAGAAGCGCGGUAUCCCUUUUUGUAAAUGUGCUUCUUUCAAACAGUGACUCUGCCACGGGUCAGGAUAGCUGGUAAGGAUAUGUCUGGGGUAGAGCUCAAGGUGUGAAUGACAAUGAGUUUGGAGGUGGGGAGGAGGGGUAGAAGGCCAUGUUGGCAAACCAGGGUCAGGACUUCACCUCCCGGAAGCUGUGGCUAAAGAGUUAGCCCUUCACUCAGGCUACGCAGAUCUAACUCUGACCACAGCAACCCCAGUGCCCGGAAUCCAUCCGCAGAAGGCGGGUCACUUUGAACGGCAAACUGGAGCAGCACUUGGCUGAAGGGGAGAGGUGCCAAGGGACAGACCUUGCGGUUUGCAGCUCAGACUAGCCGGCUCCACUGGAGCGUCCUCUCAUUCUCCCUCCCAAGUGUACUGCUCGCUGGGUUAGCCGGACAACCGUGGGAUUAGGCUCAGUGAGUUGGACGUCUACUCCUGAUUUGGGACGAACUGGCUUCAGAUUCAUUUAUUUAGAGAUACAGCACAGUCACAGACCGUUCCGGCCCGACAACCCCCUGCCACCCACGUGACCAACUAACCUGCUGACCAGUACGUCUUUGGAAUGUGGGAGAACACAUGAGGGAAACCCAAGCAGCCACUGGGAGAACUGGGUGCGCUGGUGUUGCGAUAGCCCUUAAACCUUCCAGACCCUUCCUCUCUAUGCACAGAUUCAGUUAUUUACCACAUGUACCUCGAACCAUACAGCGAAAUGCGUUAACAACCAACACAACCUAACGACGUGCUGGGGGGCAGCCCGCAAGUGCCGCCACACUUUCCGGCGCCGACAUAACUUGCUCACAGUGCUCAGCAGAGUGACAUAAGCAACAAAAUAAAAACAGCAACGGCAACACAAGCCCCUUUCCCACCUCCCACUCACACAGGCGUCCAGCCUACAGUCCCUACUGGACAGGCGAAGAGGACCGUGGGUAACUCUGCCUGGGACGGGUGUUCAGCGAUCAGCAUAUACAUCAGGGGCAAUGCAGGGCAGCGGAUAUAGAGUCACUGAGUAAUACAGCACGGAAACAGGCCCUUCAGCCCAUCUGGUCUGUGCUGACCACGCCAUCCUCCUCGCUAGUCCCAGUCUAAGUCUGCAUGGGAUGGGUGCUCAGAGCUGAGGAUAUGCAUAAGUGAAGAUGCAGAAACCCCAGUUACAGAGUCAUACAGUAACACAGCAUAGAAACCGGCCCUUCAGCCAUCUGCUCCAUGCCAACCACCCACCCUGCUAGUCCCGGCUGCCCGCAUUCAGUCUAUAAGCUCCAAGCCCUUUCCUGUAUGUACCAAUGCAAAUACCUCUUAAAUGUUGUAACUGUACCCACCUUGACCACUUCCUCUGGCAGCCGAUUCACUACCCUCUCUCACUUCUCUUUUGAGUCUCUCUUACACUAGUUAACAACAAGCUCAGCCCAACUGGCUGCAGCCUGGCAUGAGGGGUGGCGAGUUGCUUGGGUUACUGUUGCAAUAACACGAUUACAUGGUACGCAGGGCAAGCAACCCAGCCUUUCUGCCCGGCAUAACCACAAGAGAUUCUGCAGGUGCUGGAAAUCCAGAGCAAUGCUCUGAGUUCAACCCGGAGAAGUGUGAGGUGGUACACUUUGGAAGGACAAACUCCAAGGCAGAGUACAAAGUAAAUGGCAGGAUACUUGGUAGUGUGGAGGAGCAGAGGGAACUGGGGGUACAUGUCCACAGAUCCCUGGAAGUUGCCUCACAGGUAGAUAGGGUAGUUAAGAAAGCUUAUGGGGUGUUAGCUUUCAUAAGUCGAGGGAUAGAGUUUAAGAGUCGUGAUGUAAUGAUGCAGCUCUAUAAAACUCUGGUUAGGCCACACUUGGAGUACUGUGUCCAGUUCUGGUUGCCUCACUAUAGGAAGGAUGUGGAAGCAUUGGAAAGGGUACAGAGGAGAUUUACCAGGAUGCUGCCUGGUUUAGAGAGUAUGCAUUAUGAUCAGAGAUUAAGGGAGCUAGGGCUUUACUCUUUGGAGAGAAGGAGGAUGAGAGGAGACGUGAUAGAGGUGUACAAGAUAUUAAGAGGAAUAGAUAGAGUGGAUAGCCAGUACCUCUCCCCCAGGGCACCACUGCUCAAUACAGGAGGACAUGGCUUUAAAGUAAGGGGUGGGAAGAUCAAGGGGGAUAUUAGAGGAAGGUUUUUUUACUCAGAGAGUGGUUGGUGCGUGGAAUGCACUGCCUGAGUCAGUGGUGGAGGCAGAUACACUAGUGAAAUUUAAGAGGCUACUAGACAGGUAUAUGGAGGAAUUUAAGGUGGG